GACCAGUACUGUAAGCAAGUAGUCAAAGUGCUGGUCAGUUGGAGUGAGGGGCUGUCUGAAGAAAAUAGAGACACUCCUCAAGCUCAACUAUGGGAAGCAUCUCAGUGUUGAAUUUGUUGUUGUUGGCUUUGUGUUUAGGUUUUGAGGUGGUUCAGUGUAGUGUGAGCUAUGACAACAAGGCCAUUGUCAUCAAUGGUCAAAGAAGAAUCCUCUUUUCUGGGUCCAUACAUUACCCCAGAAGCACCCCUGAGAUGUGGGAAGAUUUGAUACUUAAGGCUAAAGAUGGGGGCAUUGAUGUCAUUGAGACUUAUGUGUUCUGGAAUGGUCAUGAGCCUUCUCCUGGCAAUUAUAAUUUUGAGGGAAGGUAUGAUCUAGUUAGGUUUCUAAAGACAGUGCAGAAGGCAGGGCUCUAUGCGAAUCUUCGAGUUGGGCCUUAUGUCUGUGCUGAGUGGAAUUUUGGCGGUUUUCCUGUUUGGCUAAAGUAUGUUCCAGGCAUUAGCUUCAGGACAGACAAUGAGCCAUUUAAGAAUGCUAUGAAAGGAUUUACUGAAAAAAUUGUCAAUUUGAUGAAGAGCGAAAAACUGUAUGAGUCUCAAGGAGGCCCUAUUAUUCUCUCUCAGAUUGAGAAUGAGUAUGGGCCACAAAGUAAAAACCUUGGAUCUGCUGGACAUGACUAUAUGACUUGGGCUGCUAAGCUGGCAGUGGGAAUGGAUACAGGAGUCCCAUGGGUAAUGUGCAAAGAGGACGAUGCACCGGAUCCAGUGAUUAAUACAUGUAAUGGAUUCUACUGUGAUGACUUCUCCCCAAAUAGACCCUACAAACCUACAAUCUGGACAGAAGCCUGGAGUGGAUGGUUCACCGACUUUGGAGGCCCAAUCUAUAAGAGACCAGUUCAGGAUUUGGCAUUUGCUGUUGCUCGAUUCAUACAAAAGGGAGGAUCAUUUGUUAAUUACUACAUGUAUCACGGUGGCACCAAUUUUGGACGCACUGCGGGUGGCCCAUUUAUCACUACAAGCUACGACUAUGAUGCUCCACUCGAUGAAUAUGGUCUGAUCAGACAACCAAAAUAUGGUCAUCUGACGGAACUUCACAAGGCUAUUAAGCUGUGUGAAAAAGCUUUGAUUGCCACAGACCCUACUGUUACUUCUUUAGGAAGCCAGCAAGAGGCUCAUGUAUAUUCUGCAAAAACUGGAGAUUGUGCAGCUUUUCUCUCAAAUUAUGAUGUGAAGUCCGCUGCUAAAGUAUUGUUCAAUGAUAAGCACUAUAAUCUGCCACCUUGGUCAAUCAGUAUCCUUUCCGACUGCAAGAACGUAGUCUUCAAUACUGCUAAGGUCGGAGUUCAGACAUCACAAAUGGAGAUGUUACCAAGCAACGUUGAUAUCAACUCGUGGGAGACCUAUAAUGAGGAUAUAUCUUCUAUGGAAGAUAGCUCUGCAUUUACUACAUCUGGUCUCUUGGAGCAAAUUAAUGUCACUAGGGAUGCUAGUGAUUACCUAUGGUAUAUAACCAGUGUCGAGAUUGCUUCAUCUGAAUCCUUCUUGCAUGGUGGUGAGCUCCCUACUCUCAUAGUGCAGUCGACAGGGCAUGCUCUUCAUGUGUUCAUAAAUGGAGAACUUUCAGGCUCUACUUUUGGAACAAGAGAAAACAGGAGAUUUUUAUACAAAGAAAAGGUCAACCUCCGUGCUGGAACAAACAAAAUUUCAUUGCUCAGUGUCGCUAUUGGGCUGCCGAAUAUUGGUGGACAUUUUGAAACGUGGAAGACUGGAGUGUCCGGUCCAGUUGCUCUGCAUGGUCUUGAUCAGGGAAAAUUGGACUUAACAUGGCAAAAAUGGACCUACCAGGUCGGGCUAAAGGGAGAGUCCAUGAAGCUUGACUCUCCAAAUGGUGUUUCUUCUGUUGACUGGAUACAAGGGUCAUUGAUCACACAAAAGAAUCAACCACUAACAUGGCACAAAGCUAAGUUUGAUGCACCUGAAGGAGAUGAGCCAUUGGCUCUAGACAUGAAAAGUAUGGGCAAAGGUCAAGUAUGGAUUAAUGGUCAAAGUAUUGGUAGGUAUUGGACUGCAUUUGUCAGUGGUAAUUGCAAUGGAUGCAGUUAUCCCGGCACUUACCGGCCAUCAAAGUGUCAAGUUGGUUGUGGUCAACCCACCCAGCAAUGGUAUCAUGUCCCUCGAUCUUGGUUAAAACCAACACAAAAUUCUAUAGUACUUUUUGAAGAACUGGGAGGUGAUCCCACUAAAAUUUCCCUUAGGAAGCGAUCAGUCACAGGUGUUUGUGCCGAAAUAUCUGAGUAUCAUCCAAAUAUAAGAAAUUGGCAAAUUGACAGCUAUGGGAAAACACAAGAAUUUCAUAUGCCUAAACUUCACUUGGGAUGUAACCAGGGCCAGUCAAUUACUUCCAUUAAGUUUGCAAGCUUUGGAACCCCCUCGGGAACUUGUGGAAGCUUCCAGCAAGGAACUUGCCAUGCUUCAACCUCUCAUGCCACCUUAGAAAAGAAGUGCAUAGGCAAGCAGAGAUGCGCUGUAGCCAUAUCGAACACCAACUUUGGGCAUGAUCCUUGUCCAAAUGUAUUGAAGAGGUUAUCAGUUGAAGCCAUAUGUGCCCCUGUGACUUCUACAACCACUCAGUCCAACACAAGAGAUUAAUACAGUGAUGAAGAGAAAACUGUGUAUGUAUCCAACAACCAUGAACAACUGAGAAAAGGUACAGUAAAUGUUGAGUGAUUAAAGUCAGACGUCUUAGAGUUAAAUAUUAAUAUAGGCACCGUCUUAGGAUAUCUGUGUAAAUCAGCGAUUGGUAGGUUUAUACAUCUGGGGAUCUUGAAUGUGAUCCCCAGAAUGUGUUUCAUCACUGGUUUCUGGCCUUUUAACCAGAGCCGAGGAACCAGGAAUUUUUUAGGCAGUCGUGUGAUGUGUCAAGUUUUGGGGAAAUUAAGCAUUUAAGCCCCAUUCAGGUGAAUAUUAGGUGUGGAUCCUAAUAUGUCCAUUUUUUUUUUUUUUGCUUGGGUGUUAUUCUUUGUUUUAACUGAACCUCUCAUGUUGUCCAGGUUGCAGACUACUUGUUUUGUCUAAUAAAUAUAAAUCACACAUCAAGUUGAGUCCU